AAGUGACGCGCUAUUAUUGUACGUUCGUUAAAGUUUUCCCUCGAUAGCUAGCCAGCUGCUAUCGUCAAGCGCAAUUUUGCUAAAGCUCUGAAAUAACAUUACGCUGCGUUGAAAAUGCCUUGUGGCAAAAACUUUAGGAGGAGAAGGGAGUCAUCAGAUGUGGAGGAGGACGAGACAACCGAAGAAGUCAGAUCAAAAGUAGAAGAGGCCAAAGAGCUUCAAAGUUUGCGGAAACGACAGACCGGAGUCAGUCUUACCGCCCUAUUGGUAGGAGAGAAACUGCCGCCCGAGGCUGAAAUUGAUAAUGACCCUUUUAAACUGAAGACUGGAGGGGUUGUAGACCUGAAGAAAAUCAAAGACAGGAAUAGGGACAUGACAGAAGACAAGACGGACCUCAACCUGGGCACCUCCUUUUCUGCUGAAACUAACAGAAGAGACGAGGAUGCCGACAUGAUGAAAUAUAUUGAGACAGAGCUGAAAAAGAAGAAGGGGUUGGUGGAAGCCGAGGAACAGAAAGUCAAGGUGAAGAACGCAGAGGACCACCUGUAUGAGCUGCCUGAGAGCAUCCGAGUCAAUUCUGCCAAGAAGACGGAGGAGAUGUUGUCCAAUCAGAUGCUGAGUGGGAUUCCUGAAGUCGAUCUUGGCAUUGAUGCAAAGAUAAAGAACAUUAUCUUCACAGAGGAGGCAAAAGCCAAGCUUCUGGCAGAACAGAGGAACAAGAAAAAAGACAACGGCACAUCAUUUGUACCCACCAACAUCGCCGUCAACUAUGUCCAACACAAUCGCUUCUAUCACGAGGAUGUGAAUGCACCACAGAGACACCACAGACGUAGAGAGGAAGAGCCCAAAGCAAGGCCGCUACGUGUGGGAGACACUGAGAAACCAGGUCCAGAAGCAUCGUCACCACCCAACUACCGCAAACGUCCAAACAACGAAAAGGCUACAGAUGACUACCAUUAUGAGAAGUUCAAGAAGAUGAAUCGACGAUAUUGAGGAGCUGGAUGUUUGUUUUUGUUAAUUUUUUAAAAAAGAAUACUUAAUCAACUUGAUGUCUCUUGAAGCCUCCAGAUGAUCCAUGAAGAUAACUAGCAGACUGGCUUUCUCAAACAACUGUUCAUCAGACUCCCCCCAAGAUAGUGUUUUAUUUUGUAAAUAGCUCCUUGUGGUUAUCUGUAUUAGGUAUAUUUGCUUUGUGAUGUGUUAUGUUAAAGGAGAAUUCCACAUUGAAGAAAUCAUGUGGUUCAGGAUUGUCUGAUGACCAAGGAAAUAAACCCAUAAUAAGGAAUACAGGAAUAACAUAAGACGUGUUGGACUGAGUUGUACUGACUUGAUUAAAAACAUAAAACAACAAGA